UUUAACUUAAGUCUUAAGUGUGUAGUUGUUAAUAAAUUAUUAUUUUUUUAAUAACAUUUAUUUUUUAUUUUUCAUUAUGUAUUUAUCUUACUCCGACAUUAGUUUAAUUAAGUAUUAAAGUAUUUAUUUAGUACAAUUUCAACAUGAUGGCAUUGCAACGUUUAUUUAAUAUUCUUGCUAUAAACAAAUUCAAUACUCCAAAAGUAUUGUCAAAUUGUGUACCUAGAUGUACAUAUGGUUUAAACAAUGUAGGGAGUAAUGACCCAGAAGUUGAAAUUAUUGAAAAGAAAAUUGUAGAAGAAAAAACAAGUUUAGCUAUGCGAGCAUAUCUUCAAAGAGCUACACAAUAUAAUAACUUUAUGGAACAGCAAACAUAUGAAUACAAUGUUGGAAAACGUCAUUUAGCUAACAUGAUGGGUGUUGAUCCAGAAACAUUUACUCAAACAGAUAUUGAUGAAGCUAUUGACUAUUUGUUUCCAUCUGGUUUAUAUGAUCCAAAAGCAAGACCUUUAAUGAAACCUCCCAGUGAAGUAUUUCCACCAAAAAAAGAUGCAGAGUUUGAUGAGUCUGGACGUCCAUUUCAUGUUUUUUUUUAUACAGGAAAACCAAAUUUUUAUCUAAUUUUACAUAAUAUUGCUACUAAAUUAUCGGAAUUGAAUAAGUUUGAAGAUAGUUUGAGAAAAAACAAUAUACUUCCAGAUCCAGAUAAAAAAUUAACAUCGUUGGGAAGUCAAUGGCUAUCUAAAGAAGAUUUGGAAAAAUUAACUGUUGAAAAGCUCUCUGAUCACGAAUACAAAAAUUUUGUAAUUGCAAUUGAGCGUUUGUUAAAACAUCCAUGUUCAUACAAGUUUGUGGAAUUCAUUUCUAAUUAUCAAAAACCAAUGAUAUCUACUAAGGCUAUUAUUGAAUCAGCACCAGUUGAAUACACAAAAGAUGGAAGAGCCUAUAUUACUGUUAAAGAUUGCCCUAGAAAAGAUGCUAGAGCUGACGUUACAGUUUAUUAUCCUGGAACUGGCAAGCUAUCAAUAAAUGGAAAGGGAAUUGAAUUUUUUGAUGAUAUUCAAGCCAGAGAACAGAUAUUAUUCCCAUUAUUAUUUACGGAUAUGGUUGACAAAGUUGAUGUUCAUGCAACAGUCAAGGGUGGAGGAGUUUCAGGUAAAGCUGGUGCAAUUCGUUUCGGUAUUUCUUGGAGUUUACGUUCUUUUGUAGAUCCUGAAACAGUAGAACGCAUGCGAAUCGCGGGUCUAUUGCAAAAAGACUACAGGAGAAGAGAAAGGAAAAAGCCAGGCCAAGCUAGAGCUAGAAGGAAGUUUACUUGGAAGAAGCGUUAAAAUGUUGGUUUUAUUGCAGUUUUGUAUAUAUUAUUUAAUGAUGAAUUAAAAUAAAAUAAACUAGAUUUUUCUUAUAUUUAUUGUAUA